UUCUCAGUGGUUGAUACAGAUCCUCAUCAUCCUCGUCGUCUGAUGAAGACUCCGGAGGAUGCUGUGGGCAGACGGGUGAGCUGUGAUGGAGAGAGAGGAACAGUCCGUUAUGUGGGUCCGGUUCCUCCCACCGCAGGUGUGUGGCUGGGAGUGGAGUGGGAUGAUCCAGAGAGAGGAAAACACGACGGGGGUCAUGAAGGAGUGCGAUACUUCACCUGCAGACACCCAAAGGGCGGCUCGUUCGUUCGGCCCAAAAAGGCCAGUUUCGGUGUGGAUUACGUGACGGCUCUGAAGCAGCGCUACGAGGUGGAACUACAGGAGGCUAUCGAAGAAGAUCUGAAGAUCUCCAGCAGAACCGUGAUGAUGGUCGGCUUUGAGGACGUCAAGCAGAAGCAGAGGCUGGAGAACCUGACAGAAAUCAGUCUGAGGAGAUGCGAGGUGUCUGGUCCCGGUCCGGAGAAUGAGAUCAGAAAUGCCACACCUUUCGCUCGGUCUCUGGAUCUGUCUGGAAACCUGCUGAGCUCCUGGGAGGUGCUGGCGGCGAUCACCGAGCAGCUGGAGUCUCUGCGGGAGCUGCAGCUCAGUCACAACAGAUUGAGCACCUCCAGUGACCCGAGCUGUUUAAGCCCCGCCUUCUCCUGUCUGAGGGUGCUGUCACUCAACAGCUGCGCGCUCACCUGGACUCAGGUUCUCCAUUGCGCCCCCAUGUGGCGGCAGGUCGAGGAACUUUAUCUCGCUGACAACGACGUCACAGAAUUAUUAAGACCAGAGCAUGUGCUACAGGCUUUAAAAGUUCUGGAUUUAUCCAGUAACCAGAUAGUCCAGGAGACGGUGCUGGAAAUCUCACAUCUACCCGGGCUGCAGAGGCUGAAUCUGUCCAGCAGCGGUUUAUCAGUCUUUCAGUUCAGUGAUGCUUCACCAGGCAACAAGACGGCUUUGUUUCCUGCACUGAAGACACUUUUACUAGACGACAACAGCAUUUCAGAGUGGUGUGUGGUGAACGAGCUGGAGAAGCUGCCGUCUCUGCUUCAUCUGUCCUGCAGGAGGAACCCGCUGCUGCAGAGAGAGAAGAACCUGGAAACCUCGCGUCAGAUCAUCAUCGCGCGACUGAGCCGCCUGGAGCUGCUCGACAUGAGACAGGUGUUGUCGGAUGAGAGGAGGGGUGCGGAGCUGGAUUACUGUAAGAUGUUCGGAGCGGCGUGGCUAAAGGCCGGAGGUCACAGUGACCCGGAGAAGAACCAGCCCAACACAGACUUCAUGAGCGAACACCCACGAUUCCUCGCGCUCCUCCAGAAGUACGGUGCUCCAGACGAGGGCGAGCUGAGAGAACAGAAACCAUUUGCUCUAAAAAAUCAAUUAUUAACCGUAACGUUCAUCUGUCCGGAGGAUUCGGAGAGGAAGCCCAUAGAGAAGAAGCUGCCAGGCUCGAUGAUCGUUCAGAAGGUGAAGGGGCUUUUACAUCGGCUGCUUAAAUUACCAGGAAUGGAGUUAAAGCUCAGCUACACCUGCUGAGCUUAUUUAUUCAGCCUCGCCGGUAGAGAGAUUGAGAUUGACAACGAUCUGAAGCCGCUGGAGUUUUACUCGGUGGAGGACGGCGACAGAAUUCUGGUGCGCUGGUCCUGAAGAAACCAUUUGAGUCCAUCAGCUUCGGCACUGACCCCUGAAACGCUCCACGGAUCACGACAGGAAUGAUCUCCACAUUUGUGUUCACGAUUAUAGCACAACGUCAUUCCUCCAGAAAACAAAGCAUCUAGAGCAUGAAGUUUAGUUUUGUUCAAAUCAUUACAGUCUCUCGCUUCAUUGCCUGGAGCAAACACUGCAGAAAGAUCUUAAGAUCAGUGAAUCUCAUAAAGAAAUGCACUGAUCAAUUUCACCACAAUAUCGUUUUUUGU